GUGAAAUUAUUGUUUACAAUUGUUUAGGAGAUUUGAAGCGUUGACUGCAUAUUUUCGAGGGGUUUUUUAACCAUCGAAUUGUCGUCCUAUCGUCUCGAAGGCUCCAUUUAACUGCCACUGGGGUACAAGUGUUAGCCUCCGCUAGAAAAAUUAUCUAAAUCUUUCAUUUGUGGAACUUGGGAGUGCUAAUAUCAACAGAAAUUUAUCAUUAUUCUUCCUCUAAAUUGAUUGACAAGUGCUCAGACGUUGUGAAGUGAGUUGAUACCUCUCUGCUCAUGACGUUCCAAUGAUUAUUUACCAGUUCAGGUGAAAGAAAUUGAUAUUCAGUGAAUUUUUUGGAGCGUUUCAACGUUUCCUGGGGAGGAGGUUAUCCAUUGCGGGGCGUUUCCUUCAGGAGUACAACAGACAUGUCGAAGAACAAGUUGAAUCUUACAUUGCCACCGGGAUCCAUUGAACCGGUGCCAGCAGUAUCACCUUCACCACCAGUACCACCUCUUCCAACUUAUGCUGAACCUCCGGUUAUACCUGAAAAAGUCUAAAUUUCAGUGGUGUGAUGGGAAAGAUGAGUAUAGAUGCCAUUCAAGAGCGUUUGGAGGAACUAGAAAUGGACGAAGAGCAGAGGAAGCGAUUGGAGAGUUUUCUUGGACAGAAGGAAAAAGUCGGAGAGCUGUGUGACGAGGAUUUUGAAAAGUUGGGAGAAUUAGGAGCCGGUAAUGGUGGUGUUGUGAUGAAAGUUAGGCACAAAAAAUAUGGACUGAUUAUGGCCCGAAAGUUAAUUCACCUUGAAGUGAAACCAGCAAUUAAAAAACAGAUUAUACGAGAGUUGAAAGUUCUUCAUGAGUGUAAUUUUGCUCAUAUAGUUGGAUUUUAUGGUGCUUUUUAUAGCGAUGGAGAAAUUAGUAUAUGCAUGGAGUACAUGGAUGGUGGAUCCUUGGAUUUGAUCCUGAAGAAAGCUGGGAGGAUACCUGAACCAAUAUUAGGCACAAUAACAUCAGCCGUGCUCAAAGGACUGAGUUAUUUGAGAGAUAAACACGCAAUAAUGCACAGGGAUGUCAAGCCUAGUAAUAUACUUGUUAACAGUGCUGGAGAAAUAAAAAUAUGUGACUUUGGAGUCUCUGGACAGCUGAUCGACUCCAUGGCGAAUUCGUUCGUUGGUACUAGAAGUUAUAUGUCGCCAGAGAGAUUACAAGGCACCCAUUAUUCAGUCCAGAGUGACAUUUGGUCGCUUGGUCUCUCUCUUGUCGAGAUGGCCAUCGGUAUGUAUCCGAUACCACCUCCAGACACCAGGACCCUGGUAUCGAUAUUUGGACCGCAAGUUGCACCACCCCCAGCCGAUAAUACCUCGAACAAUGUCUCAACACCAACGAGUCAGUCACCUUCACACAAUGCCAGUAGUCCACGACCGAUGGCAAUUUUUGAACUGUUGGAUUACAUUGUCAAUGAACCACCGCCUAAACUUCCGCCUGGAAUUUUUACUGAGUCAUUCAUGGAUUUUGUGGAUCGAUGCUUGAAGAAAAAUCCAGCUGAACGUGCUGAUCUGAAGACUUUGAUGAAUCACGAAUGGAUAAAAAAAGCUGAAUCUGAGAAUGUUGAUAUUGCCGGAUGGGUUUGCCGGACAAUGGAUCUCCAACCAACUACCCCAACUCGUUUAGCAAACGUACAGUCCUGAAUAAAUGUUACUCUUACAUACUUGACCACGUACAUACGCGUUCAGUACUCCUAAGUCAAUUUCGUAUAUUUUGUUCACCUUCUGUUAAUUACCCCCUCACUAAAGAAUUAUGAUUUUCAUUUUUCAAUGCCAGUGGUGUCUCCCUCAGUUUCCAUAACUUACAGAUUAUCUCCAGCUGCGUCAAUAAACACUAACGAACAUAGCUGUAUAAUUACGAUAAAAAAAACUAAAUUAUGAUGUUAUUCAUUAAAUGUUUGCAUCACCACUGCGUUUAGAAAUCAUUUUAUUUCAAUUUUGAACUUAUUGGGUUCCAGUAUUUUUACGUUACCUUCAUGAAAGUAUGUAAGAAAAAAAAAUCAUGUUAUAGUUUAUUCUUAGUACCAUUAAUGUUUCAUGAGCAUUGUAUUCUUCCUGUGAUAAGAUUAGACGAAUACUGGAGAGUUGAAUGUAUUCUUUCAUAUAUCUGUACUCAUGAAUAUGUGAAAGAAUGAGAAUUGUGGAAAUUCAUUUUGGGAUAUAACAAUUCGUGUACAGAAUUGGUGCCUGCAAGCAAGAAUUUUUUUUAAAACAUUUAUUUUCGGGGAGAAGAUUACUAUGAUGAGAGUAACGAACGAAUAUAUUCAAUAGUUAAAUGAUAAUUAAAAAUUGUUCAUUCAAAUACGCUUUCACUAGAGUUUACUGUUCAUGAAUUUUCUUUCUUUCUUUCUAUUAUAUAAAUUCGACAGUGAAUAUAUGAUGUUUAUAAAUAGGAAAUGGGGAGCGUUGAAGUGGUGAAAAAAAUAUGGAAAUGUAGAGGUGGGAUUAUUGAAUAGAAAUUGUCGAUUAAACUGGAGAUUCAACACAAGUGUUUAUAUGCUAAUGAUAUGUGUCGCUUUCUGUGGUGAACAUUAUUCAUUUAGAUGAAAUCUCAAUGCCUAAUUUGGGGGAUUUUUAAUUGAUUUGAAAAGAUAAUUGGUGGCUGAUUGAGCUCUGGGGUUGACUAGAAAAUUUUGGAGGGAAGAUAGUUUGGAGAGUGGUAGGUCUGUAGUUGCAAACAAAAAAAAAAUCACAUUUAAUUGUUUUGUUAACGAAAGGAGAGAAAUUUAAUUUCAGUCAUGUAGAGUCAUUUGUUAAUCAUGAUAAGGGUAUUUUCAUUCAGAACAUUUAUUGAUGGCUGUAAGUAUAUACUACAGAGACGAAAGCUUUCUGUUGAACGAAAGAGAAUACAAAUAAAAUUGUUAAUUCCUUCCAA